AUGGAUCCGCGCGCCGCGCGGUUGGCAUUCACCACCCCGCCGGACCCGGCGAAGGUGAUGGAGGUCCUCGCAGGCCUGGAUCCGCAAGCUCAGGCGGCGAUGAAAACGGUGGAGGAGCAGAUGAGUAAGGUCCAGGCUGCCAACUCAUCUCCAGCUGAGUGGAGAAAGCAGUUCCGAAAGAGGCGGGAGGAGAACCUGGCGUUCAACCAUGCCAUCAGCAAGACAGGGAUGCACUCAUUCUCGACAACCGCCAGCUUUGAGCUGGCCGUGGGAACCACGCAUCGUGGCAGGAUCCUGGCAGGCACUAUCUGCGAAGAUCCGCUCUUCAUUGCAUCCUCUGCGUUUCUGUUGGAGGACGGUGAAGGGAAUCUGGUGGAAGUGGCCGUGUACAACAUUCCGGGCGCGGGAUGGGAAGUGACUGAGCGCUUGUUUUACAAGGGAAGGACGCUGGCCAUCCAAGAGCCCUGCUACAAGGUUCGCCAGGAUGGCUCUUUGGGGAUUCGUGUGGAUGACCCCUCAGAGAAAAGCCUUCGACCUGCGCAGCCACCAUCUUGCAAGGAAGUGCUCGCUGAACGAUGGCUCCUGCUGGGAAGCUUCAUGAAGCUUCUGUUGCUCCCACUUCAGGACACACCCAUGAACAUCACGGGGUACUAUCUAGCGAUGGGGUUGCACAAGAAAUGGACGCAGUACUUCUUUUCCAGCAAGAUUGCAGGGAAGGUGCAGGUUGGCUUGGCAUCCGUGCAGAUCCACAAUCCGUUGGAUCACAGCGCGACUUGCCUGUCGAUGACUUGGACUUAUGAUUUGGAUGUGAAGUUGAAAGCCUUGAUGGCAGCCAGCCAGAUGAUGGCACAGUAA